AUGCGUUCCAACAACCUUUUCCUGCUCGCCAGUCUGGCGAGCUACGUUCUCGCUCUUCCCACCGACCUGGAGAGCCGCCACCUGAAGCUGGGCGGGGAUGUCGAAAUCGGUGAUCUUUCCAUUGGCGCAGGUAUUUCGAUCGAUGGUGGUCUCGAUUUGAGCGGGAUCAUCAGCGCUAUUCUUGGUGGACAUGCAAGCGCAACCACCCUCCUUGCUGGUCUGAGUGCUCAGGCAGCCGCAGCCCUGCAGGGAGGUGCGCUGGGUUGCAAGGCUGGUGCCAUCCAUGCCGCCGCCAGGGCGGAACUGGCCGCCUGGCUCCGUGCUGAGGCCGCCGCCGAGCUCGAUGCGUCCAUCAAGGCAUCCCUUCUCGAGUGGUGUGAAGGUGACGCCUCCGUCACCCUUUCCGUGGACGUCUGCGCCGGACUUUCAGUGCUGAUCCCCACUUGCGCUGACAUCGCCGCCAAGGGCGACCUCUUUGUUACCAUUGAGGGUAUCUUCUCCUCCACCGAGGUCGCCGUGGAUGUUGUUCUGAGCGCUUCCGCCCAAGCUUCUCUGUCUGCAUUCCUCUCUGGGUCCGUCGGUGCCGCCCUCGACGCCAAGGUUAGGGCUGGUCUCGGCCUUUGCGCUGGCGGCGGUGUCUUCGUCGACCUGGCUGCCGAUGUUCAGGCCGCCCUGAAGGUCUGGCUCGCCAGCUCUGAAUGCAGCCUGUCCGCUUCUCUGAAGGUUGCCGUUCUGGCUUGGUUGGAGGGUAAGACUGGCGCCGACGUCAUUGCCAUUGGUUCCCUGCCCAGCGGUGGUCUGGCAACCAUUUCCGCCGGUGCUUCCAUCGCCGCCCUUGUUGAGGAGACUGGCAUUCUCUCCGCCAGCGCUCAAGCUUCUCUCGCCGCCUUCCUCGAAGCUGACAUUUCUGCUGGUCUUGGUGCUCACGUUCAGGCUGCCCUUGAGGCUUGCGCCAAGGGCGGUGUCGCCGUCUCCCUUGAUGUUGAAGUUCGUACCGCUCUCGUCGCCUGGCUCACCGGCUCGAGCUGCUCGCUCGGCGCUGAGCUCAAGGCUGUUGUUCUGUUCUGGCUUUCAUUCGCUCUUGAGGCCGAUGUCUCCGUCAGCGUGUCCACUGGCCUCCUUGGCGAGCUGACUUCCUUCAUCACUGGCACCAUCGAGGUUACUCUCGGCGCUGUCCUCCGCGGCGUUGUUUCUAUCCUCAUCUCCGGCGAGAGCAUGGCCUCCCUGUCUCUUGAUGCUCGUGCCCAGCUCGCUGCUGUCCUUGGUGGUGCUGCCGGCAUCGAGAUCGACUCCAGCAUUGAAAUUAUCCUCAUCGGAUGGCUUACCGGCUGUGGCCACCUCCCUAGCGGCUCCAGCUUCACCUCUACCGCCGCUGGCCCUAGCAGCACCGGUGUUCCCAGCCUUCCUUCGACUCCUGCUGUCUCUGUCACCGGUGUGCCUUCUGUUCCUGCUGUGCCCACUGCUUCCAGCAUUCCCAGCGGCUCUGUUCCCUCCGGCUCCGUCCCCAGCGUCUCCCUCCCCAACGGUGCUUCCCCUACUGGUGCCUCCAGCGUACCUGUCCCCGUCGUCCCCAGCGGCUCCGUUCCCUCCGGCCCCGAGGCCUCAGAGACCCCUUGCGAGACCUCUGUCUCUGAGACUGUCGUUCCUGUCGCCACAAACACUGAGGCUGCUCCUUCUCCCUCUGGUGCUUCCCCUACCGAAGCUUCCAGUGGCACUGUUCCCACCGUUCCCGAGGCUUCCGAGACUCCUUGCGACACUCUCACCUCUGAGACCGUGAUCCCAGUUGCCACCAACACUGAGACUGUCCCUGUUCCCUCCGGUGCUUCUCCCACUGGCGCCGCCAGCGCCUCCGUGCCUUCCGCUCCCGAGGCCUCCGAGACCCCUUGCGAGUCCGAGACCGUUGUCCCCGUCGCUACUAGCACGGAGGCUGGUUCCGUUCCCUCUGGUGCUUCCCCCACUGGCGCCCCCAGCGCCUCCGUUCCCUCGGCUCCCGAGGCCUCGGAGACUCCCUGCGACUGCGAGGAGUCCGGUUCCGAGACUGUCGUCCCCGUUGCUACCAAGACCGAGUCCGUUUCUAGCGGUGCUGCGGCCAUCACCGCUGCUCCUACCGCGGUGCCUUCCAAGGGUCCCAAGGUGAUCACCGUCACCACCACCGUCAGCGUUGCUGUCUGCGACUACUAG